CUAGAAUGCCAUGCAUGUGCAAUGACUGCAGGAAGGAGAGAAUUUGAGCAUUUUUGCAACGUGAAUUGAGCAGGAGGAGGGACUGACAUUGCCUUUUGGGUGGUCAUGACAUGCAGUCAGAAGAGUUGUUCUGCUUCAUCUGUGUCUGUAGUUCAGCAGGAAAGACUCAUGCCAGGGAUUGCAGCCUCCGUUAUGUAAAAAGUGAAAGUUUUAACCGUGCAAACUAGUUCUAUUGAUGCCUAAGGCAACAACAAAAUCGUCCUUCUUGCAUAGGCACAGCCACAUGCAGCUGGCACUGUGAGGUGGUUAUAUUAGUUAGCAACACCGAGAAAAGCCCAAACAUGGAACUUUUUUGCUUGGAAAAGGACGCAAUCAUGCGAGCUCAGAGAGAUCCCAACAUCUUCUGCGAUGAAAGAGUACUGCAAAGUCUUUUAACGGUGGAGGACAGAUAUGUUCCGCAGAGACCCUAUUUUAAAUGUGUCCAGAAGGAAAUUCAGCCUUUUAUGAGGCGGAUGGUCGCGACGUGGAUGCUGGAGGUUUGUGAAGAGGAGAAAUGUGAAGAGGAUGUCUUUCCCUUGGCUAUGAACUACCUGGACAGAUUUUUAGCUGCAGUUCCUACAAGAAAAUGUUAUUUGCAGCUCUUAGGGGCCGUGUGUCUCUUCCUGGCUUCAAAAUUAAAAGCAUGCCAACCGCUGUCGGCCAGGAAGCUCUGCAUGUACACCGACAACUCCAUUACAUCUCAACAACUGCUGGAGUGGGAGUUGGUGGUUCUUAGUAAAUUGAAAUGGAACCUGGCUGCCAUCACCCCACUUGACUUUAUUGAACACAUCCUGCACAAACUGCCCUUUCCCGAAGACAGACUGACACUGAUCCGCAAACACGCGCAAACCUUCAUCGCCCUCUGUGCAACAGAUCACAGCUUCACCAUGUACCCUCCCUCCAUGAUCGCUACAGGAUGUGUGGGGGCAGCAGUAUGUGGCCUCCAGCCUGACCAGAGCAAUCAGAAUCUGUGGGGGGACAAUCUGACGGAGCUGCUGGCUAAAAUCACCCACACUGAGGUGGACUGUCUGAAAUCAUGUCAAGAGCAGAUCGAGCAGUUACUGACCAGCAGCCUGAAAGAAAGUCAACAACAGCAACAGGAGGGCAGAGUCAGCAACAAAGGGACGCAAUCUCAAAACCUGUCCUGCACCCCUACAGAUGUCCGUGAUGUUAACUUAUGAUGUCGGUUCCUGUUCCUAUUCACCUCCUUAGCCUACAAAACAUUCAGUUAUCAUUAUAUUACUGUAUGUAAAUUGAAUUUCAAAGCCACAUUAGAUGGUUAUACGCGCAUAGUAUAUGAACGCAAGCUUGAUAUUUUAUAACGGAGCAAAACAGCUGCUGCUGCCGUCUCAUAUCCGCAGGCGGUGGCGUUUUACAUACUUGAAAUUUAAUUGAAUUGGCCUCAUACCAUGAUUGAAUAAUGCAGUAUGUUGUAUAUUAUUUAACAAAGAGCACACAUCUGUUUUGGCUAUCAUAUGCAACUG